CUUGUACCAUCACCACCGUCAUCACCAGCACCCAUUGGCAGCUCCAGGUCCCUCGAAGGGAAGCUCUCUCCGUUCCAUUCGCAAUUUUCGACUCUCUCCACUCUACCGCCGCCAUGAUGCGCACUUCGAUCGUCCGGGCGACGCGCGCUGCUGCCGUCCCCAGAACCGCACCCGUCACCAGCCAGCUCCAGCAUUUCCGCCAGGCACACGCUAUCUCCAACCCUACUCUCGCAAACAUCGAGCAGAGGUGGGAAGACCUUCCUCCCCAGGAGCAGGCCGACCUUUGGAUGUCGCUGAGGGACCGCAUGAAAACCGACUGGAAGGAGUUGACUCUGCAGGAGAAGAAGGCUGCUUACUUCAUUGCCUUCGGCCCCCACGGCCCCCGCCGUCCUCCUCCUCCGGAUGAGGGCCGCAAGGUUCUCUUCCUCUCCGUCGCUGUCUGCUUCGGUGCUCUCGCCGUCUUCACUUUCACCCGCAUGUUCGCCAGCCCCAUCAGGCCCCGCACCAUGACCAAGGAGUGGCAGGAGGCUACCGAGGAGUACAUGAAGGCCCAGGGAACAGAGCCCAUCACUGGCUACAAGGGCAUGAUGGUCCAGUCGGUCUCCGAGAAGAACCUUCCUCCUGGCCAGAAGCUCAACGACGAGUAAACGAAUGGUUAAAAACACCACAUCAAACGCACAAUACCAAUACCAAUACCAAUAUCACAUUUCCUUGGGUCAACUUUCCAUUUGGUACUGUCUGUGUCAGAUAUACAACAAGAUCGAACGGGUUACGAGCCUCUGCUGGAUUGGCCCCUGUCAUAUUAGUUCCUCCGUGUACAGAAAUUCUAGAGGCAUUUGUGAUU